UCCGCCGCCUGCCGACGCGCACACUGGCGCAGCGGGGCUGAAAGGCAGUCCGGCCUCUUCUUCCCUUGGCUCCCCCCGUUUAGUGCGAGGCUUCAUGGCUGCUGACGGGAUGGACGAACGGUCCCCGCUGCUGUCAGCGCCCGGCUCGGGCAAUGUGACUCCGACGGCCCCGCCGUAUUUCCCGGACAGCAGCCCGAGAGCAGAACUCCCGCCACCUUACACUGCCAUUGCUAGCCCAGAUGCCACUGCUAUUCCUAUAAUUAAUUGCCGUGUGUGCCAGUCAGCAAUUCAUUUGGAAGGGAAGCUUCACCAACAUGUGGUCAAGUGCACAGACUGCAAUGAAGCUACGCCAAUCAAAAACCCUCCUUCAGGGAAAAAGUAUGUUAGAUGUCCAUGUAACUGUCUGCUUAUCUGUAAGGAUACAUCACGGAGAAUAGGAUGUCCAAGACCCAAUUGUAGACGCAUCAUUAAUCUCGGUCCAGUAAUGCUUAUUCCAGAGGAGCAGCCAGCGCAUCCUGCAAUACCUGCUCAGCCAGAAGGCACCAGGGUAGUGUGUGGACACUGUGGAAAUACAUUUCUAUGGAUGGAACUGAGAUUCAACACAUUGGCAAAGUGCCCACAUUGCAAAAAAAUUUCUUCUGUUGGAUGUGCGCUCCCACGAAGACGGUGCUGUGCAUAUAUUACAAUUGGAAUGAUAUUUAUCUUCAUUGGCGUUGGAUUAACUGUUGGUACCCAGGAUUUUGCUAGAACAUUUCAUGCCACUUACGUUUCGUGGGCUGUCGCUUACCUCUUUGGCUUAGUCUGCUUGGUUCGAGCCUGCUAUUGGGGAGCUGUAAAAGUCAGUUAUCCAGAACACAGUUUUGCAUAGACUUAUAAUAGUAUCUUAUUGGAAAAUGGAGCUUUCUAGAGAAUCUGAUGGUUAUAGGAGCCAAGUAAUUUAAACAGUUUUCCUAUUAAAUGUUUCUGUUUUGUUACUAAAGUUUUAAGGCUGGGGAUCCUUUUAAGAACAAAUGUUCAUUGCACUACAUUAUAUGCAAAUAGUUUGUUUUGCUGCUAGAUUCCCAAACUCUGAAUACUAAAGCUUUGUUUACACAAUUGUACAUCUGUCUUAAAAGAACUGCUGAAUUCAAUUUCAAUUUAUAGUAUUUUUUUUUUCAGUAUUAAAUGUGCUUGUGCCAUUUGGGGAUGAAUAUGUAAAAGCAAGAAAUAUUUAUAGGUGUUUCUACAAGUGCUUCACAUUUGUAUGUACACUUUUAAAACUGUCAAAGCAACUUGCUUUAGAAUGUUAAGCAAUAAACAUUUUGCUUGAAAUGCUUAGUUUUAACUUUCACCUAAGAUCAGCGUGACCUUAAAAAGUGUGCAUCAUUUUCAAAGAAGUGGAGUUUUUCUUAGGGAUAUACUAUCCUUUCAGAUUUCCAGUUUGAGAAAUAUGGUAUUUUAGUAGGCUAGCUAAAGAAAAACAAAAUCAUUUACCCUCUUCAAGUUGAAUUUCAAUUUAACUUGAAUAUUCUUUUUUUAUUCUUGUAUUUUUUUUAAACAUCCAAAGCCAUGAUUGGAUUUCUGGAACUUUCCUCUGGUUAUUUGUAUGAGUUCCUUUACAGGGUCUAAAUAAGGGAAGCAUUUGAUAUGACUUGUUUUAUACAUUUAGAUGAUUUUAGAGUGAUGUUGGGCUAUCUCUUAGUUUGUUUAGAUUGGUCAUUUAUUUUCCAUAAUGGGAGAAUAACUCUCCAGUCAUUAUAAAGGGACAUAUUUAUAGCUUAACUCAGCUAAUAGAAAAUUAAAUAGAGCAAACAAGUUAUCCUGAUCAUUCCAUCAAUGUGUAGCUGGUUGGUACAGUAUUAAAAACUAAUCAUGCUAAAUGAUAGAUUAUUAUUUUUUUCAUGACUUGUUCACAAAUAGAAUAUUGGGACCAGUUACUGCACUGACCAACUUUGAAGUUUUACAGAAUAUGGUUUUUUUUUUAAAAAAAAAUGGAGGGAAUACCCUGAGCUUUAGAUUAUAGUAGUCCUUAGACAAUGGAAAUAAAGAAAGUAGACUAAAAUGGAUUUUCUAGGAUUAUAUAUAUAUAAUAACCCUGAUAAAGGAUAAAGUGAUGCUUGGCUGAGGAUUUGGAGCACAAAAAAACCUAAAUGUACAUGGAAAUUGUCUUUGUAUAAUGUUAAAUGUACAAAAGCAGUAGCUCAGGUUUAUCAUGUACCUUUUAAAAUAUACUAAUAAAGAUGAUUAUUGAAAAUGAA